AUGGGAUCAGUUCGAGCGUUAAAAGGGAUAAACGUGUUCCAGAGAUUCUUCUCCGGCAAAAUCACUGGCCGUCAGGCUGAUUUGAUGGCCAGGAGUCUGCCGAAGAAGAAACCUCUGCCGGGAGUGAAAGACAUCAUUUUGGUAGCGUCCGGAAAGGGAGGAGUUGGCAAAUCCACGACUUCCGUGAACUUGGCAGUGAGUCUGGCGCAGAAUGGUCAGAGAGUUGGUCUCCUGGAUGCUGAUCUCUUUGGUCCCUCAAUUCCGCUCAUGAUGAACUUGCAGGAGACGCCUCUUGUGGAUGAUGACAAUCGGAUAAUCCCUCCUGUGAACUACAAUGUCAAGUGUUUGUCCCUGGGGCUUCUGACAGAGAUGAAACCGGCAAUCUGGAGGGGUCCUCUGGUGAUGUCAGCCACUGAGCGUCUGCUAAAGGGGACGGUAUGGGAGCCUCUGGAUGUUUUGGUUGUGGACACUCCUCCAGGCACUGGAGACAUUCAUUUGUCUCUCAUGCAGAAUGUUCCCAUUAGCGGAGUUUUGCUGGUCUCUACCCCUCAGCUAGCUGCCCUGAGAGUUACCCAGAGAGGUGCUGAAAUGUUCCGGAUCCUCAAUGUCCCGAUUUUGGGCAUUGUGGAGAACAUGUCUUCAGUCAAGUGCAAAAAUUGCGGGGAAGAAAUCUCGAUUUUCGGGCAGGAAACUGACAAAGUAGCUGAAGAAAUGGGAGUGGAAAUCCUGGAGAGGAUUCAAAUAGACCCAAAUGUCAUGACAGGAAGCGAUACUGGGAUCCCCGUGACGAUAGAGGACCCGGAAUCUGACUAUGCAAAAUGUUUUGGGAGACUGGCAAAGAGAUUAUUGAAAAAACUGGAAAAAUAAAUCUUUAUUUCUUC